AUGAGUAUAUUAGAAUUUCAGGCGGCUUCCGAUAUAUCCGAGCAUGUCGUCGCGCGAAUUCGGGCUCUUGGUGAGAACGGAUCGCCCGAAUCUCUCCGAAAAUUGGAGGAGCAACUCGAAAAGUGUUUCGACUUGUUCCCUCUUCCUCAGUUCCGAAAUAUCGUGCUUGAAAACUUGAAACAGUUGCCAAAACUCCAAGACCGAUAUCUUGACAGUAUUAUGAAUGAUCGUGAUUUUUAUGACGCAUGCCCACUUUCUGUGAAACAGCAAAUUUGGCUGCGAAAUCUUGACUUGUUCAAGGAGGCGUAUAAGCCGUCUAUAGAUUCGUACCUAAAACGGAAGGAAGAUUUUUUGUUAUCCACUGAGCCAAUGGCUACCAACUUUUUCACAUUUGAAACUACAAAAGCACGUCGUCAAUGGAAAGAGAUCAAAGAUCUCAUUAUGUUUGUUGGUAAUCAUGAGGAAUUAUUCUUGGCCGUGAUGACAUAUAUUAGGGAGUUAUUUGCGUCUACAGAUUCUUGCCACGACUUCGCAUGGGUGUUCGGAGCGACAUGUAUGCGCGCCAUAGAACAUUUGGAAAGCGCACAAAUACACACAGCACUUCGCCACCCAUACCUUGACACAUUUCCAAAACUAUCCUCAACCCUGAAAGCAGUUGAUUUGGCUAUGGUAGCUGGCGACGUUCACGUGAUUCAUUUUCUUUGUUCAGUAACAAUAAGGAAGUUGCGGGAUUCUGCAGGAGCUCACAUGCCGCGUGAUAUGCACUCAGUUGUCGUACUUGUGCGUGUGUUGUCUUUGGGAUGUUGCGCUAAGGAUCUUGCCUUGGGCAAAGUACUUCCAACCGAGGUUGUGGAUUCUAUUUUCAUUACCAAGUUUCUCCCAGAAUUCACUUCUUUGAUGGUGGAAGACUGCAUCAGAGCAGAGCUCAUGCGCACGAACAGUGAUCUUGGAGAAGAAUAU